GCAGCAUUGGAAGCCCGUGUAGAAGAAAAAGAAGAAUCCUGGGGGUAAAAUUUUGUCUGUGGGUGCUCAAUGAUUCUUCUACUUCUGUCAAGAUUUCAGCCAUCACCUUCCCCUUAACAAUUUCCCUUAUUUUUCUCCUAUUCCUCCUUCAUUACCAAACCAAACCAAACCAAACCAAACUUUUUUUUUCUUGGUGCAAUUCUUGUUGUGUUACCCUGUUCGUUGUUCAAUCUCUCAACUUCUUCCAAAACCACAUCAAUGGCAAAAUCUCUCUCCUCUGAUUGGAUUGGGGGUUUUACAGGUGAUAUUAAGGAACUUUCCUCAGGGUUAGAAAAGUUGGAGGUUAAAGAUUCCCCUGUGGUGUGCUUUGGAGAAGUUCUGAUAGAUUUUGUGCCAACAGUGGGUGGAGUUUCACUUGCUGAAGCUCCUGCCUUCAAGAAAGCCCCUGGUGGUGCUCCUGCUAAUGUGGCUGUUGGGAUUGCAAGGCUUGGUGGCUCCUCAGCUUUCAUUGGAAAGGUAGGUGAUGAUGAGUUUGGAUAUAUGUUGGUAGACAUUCUAAAGCAGAACAAUGUGGAUUGUUCUGGAGUGCGGUUUGACCCGAAUGCAAGGACGGCUUUGGCAUUCGUUACGCUUCGAGCGGAUGGCGAAAGGGAAUUUCUUUUCUUCCGCCAUCCCAGCGCUGAUAUGCUUCUCACAGAAGCAGAACUCGAGGUUAAAGUUAUUGAGCAGGCGAAGAUUUUCCAUUAUGGAUCAAUUAGUUUGAUUGAUGAACCAAGCAAGUCAGCACAUCUAGCAGCACUGAAACAUGCCAGAAAAUGUGGCUGCAUUCUCUCCUACGAUCCCAACUUGAGAUUGCCGCUGUGGCCUUCACCGGAAGCGGCUCGGGACGGCAUCAUGAGCAUCUGGGACCAAUCUGACAUUGUUAAGAUUAGUGAGGAUGAAAUUACUUUCUUGACUGGUGGAGAUGAUCCCUAUGAUGAUAACGUGGUGUUGAAAAAGCUUUUUCGUCCAAAUUUCAAGCUUUUAAUUGUGACCGAAGGGUCCGAAGGGUGUCGAUAUUACACUCAAAAAUUCCGAGGCAGGGUUGCUGGUAUGAAAGCUAGCCCUGUUGACACGACAGGAGCUGGCGAUGCGUUCGUGAGCGGGAUAUUGUUCAGCAUAGCUUCUGAUUCAACCCUCUUCCAGGACGAGCAGCGGCUACGAGACGCUCUACGCUUCGCCAAUGCCUGCGGUGCCCUCACCGUGAUGGAGAGAGGAGCCAUUCCCGCUCUACCGACGAAGGAAGCCGUCCAUAACAUGUUGUCCAAAGCAGCCACUGUAUGAUAAAAAGCCUUUUUUAGCUGUGUUUGCCUUUGUUGGAAUUAGGCUAAUGUAAUUUGAGUUUCCUUACUGGUUGAGUGAGCUUUGAGCUCAUUUUCUUUUCUAGUGUUUGGCCACAGCACCCUCUGUGUUCUAAUAAAUUGCUAUAUUUCCAGUGAUCUUGAGAGCAUAUGGAUUCUUCAAUGUUUUGGUUGUAACGGUUAUAAAUGUAAAUUGAUGGGCAAAAUUAUACUAGUUAUCAGGACAACAAUCUCUCAACUUCACUACUAGUAGAGUUUAGUUUCACA